AUGGAGAAACGCUCUCUUGGUGAAAUACCUGGGGAAACCGGGGGCUUUUCCCCUCUUCCAAUAGCGUCUGCUUCGUCUCUGGAAUCUGACAGGGAAAGUCGACUUCAUCGACAUGACCCUUGGAAACUGUUUGAUCAGUAUGUCGUUGCCCAAAGGUGGAAACCAAAGUUCGAUGCCUCCAAGGCGAAGGUAGAGAAGAUGGUUGUCUGGGCUAGGGUUCCAGGUAUACCAAUCGAAUAUUUCAGAGAAGAUGCAAUCAAGGAGAUCUUGGCGAUAGUGGGCACACAGCUGAAACUGGACAUGACAACGGCGGGGGUUCAGAGAGGCAAAUUCGCGAGGGGUGCUGUGGAAAUCGAUCUAACAAAGCCACUAGUGGCAGUGGUGAUGGUUGAUGAUCUUCCCUGGAACGUGGAGUUUGAAGGACUUCACGCCAUCUGCUUCGACUGUGGAGAGGUUGGGCAUCGCUCUGCAACAUGCCCUAAAAAUCAGAAGGCGGCCGGAAUGGAGCAGGGUAUUCCGCAAGAGGAGGGCAUGACAGAUAAUAUGGAUGUGGAAGAUCCUCAGACUCCUACUCCGAUCGCCAAACAUGGCGCAUGGAUGAUCGUAAAACGUAAGUCAAAAGGUUCAGACAAGGGCCUUGGUAAACAGAGAGGGAAAUCAAAAGGAGAGGUCAAAACCAGUUCGAUGAAAUCUGUCAAUGGGUCUAAGGCAGCACAAACCAGUGCUAGAACCGGAACUGCGAGUGGUGAUGCCCAACUGGCCGGAAUUCGUAAACCCUCAGUGCAUACCGCUACUAACCUCGCAGGAUCUAGAGGGAUUGUAGGAGACACCUGUUUUACUUGCUGA